AUAAGACCUAUUCUGAAAAAGCCCUCCUUGGAUCCCCAAGAUUUAAACAACUUUCGCCCAGUCUCCAAUUUACCGUUCAUGGGCAAGGUAAUUGAGCGUGUGGUGGCAAAGCAGCUACAGACACACUUGGAGGAAGCAGAUUAUUUAGAUCCUUUCCAGUCGGGCUUCAGGACUGGACACGGAACUGAAACAGCCUUGGUCGCUCUGGUGGAUGAUAUGAGGAGGGCGUUGGAUAGGGGAGAACAUACCUUCCUCAUCCUCCUGGACCUCUCAGCGGCUUUCGAUACCGUCGACCACGGUAUCCUGUUGAGUCGCCUGGAGGGACUGGGAAUAGGAGGCACUGUUUUACAGUGGUUCCGUUCCUAUCUCUCCGGUAGAUAUCAACGGGUAGUGUUGGGGGAUGAGGUUUCAGACCCUUGGCCCCUCAACUGUGGUGUGCCACAGGGUUCUAUCCUCUCUCCCAUGCUAUUUAACAUUUAUAUGAAACCGCUGGGAGCCAUCAUCAGGAGUUUUGGGCUGCAGUGUCACCAAUAUGCGGAUGACACGCAGCUCUACCACGCCCUGGUCACCUCUCGUUUGGAUUACUGUAAUGCGCUCUACGUGGGGUUACCCUUGAAAAUGGUCCGGAAACUACAACUUAUACAAAAUGCGGCGGCUCGACUACUUAUGAACAGUCGCCGCCGGGAUCACAUCACACCAGUGUUGUUCGAUCUACACAGGCUUCCAGUUGUUUUCCGGGCCCAAUUCAAGGUGUUGGUAUUAACCUUUAAAUCCCUAUACGGUCUCAGCCCAGUUUAUCUUACGGAGCACCUUCAACGCCACCAAUUAUGCCGCCCGACAAGAUCAGCCACACAGGGCCUUCUCUCAAUCCCGCCGACAAAAACAGCUAGAUUGGCGGGUACUAGAGAGAGGGCAUUCUCAGUGGUGGCCCCCACACUCUGGAACUCCCUCCCACAAGAUCUCCGGCAUGCCUCUUCCCUAAAUACAUUUCGUACAGCCUUAAAGACCUGGCUCUUUCAACAGGCCUUCGGGAUUUCCGGGGAGGGUUAAUUACUAAGAUUGGAAUGCCUCCUACCCUGUUUUAAUAUUAUUGUCUGCUGCUGUAUUGUUCUUAUAUUGUUUUUAUAUUGUAUCAUUGUAUUGUAU